CCAUUCAUUUUGUGAUUUACGGUAAAAGACGAAGUUUGCCGAGAGGCCGGGCCGAACUUUAAACUCGGAAGUUUAAUGGUAGCUGUCGAAGGCGUUUGGUAGUAAGUACGCAUGCGCGGUGCGGUUGGCAUGCUUUUAAGCCGGAGAGCGCGAGGGAGUAAACAUGUCAUCUAAGAAAAAUAAAGGGAAAGCGAAAAAAUCCCAAGAUGAGGAAAACAUCAGUUUCGGAAGAGAUGGAUCAGCGACCGAUUUGGAUUCUCCGGGACUUCUCGGACUGUGUGUAACAGACUUUAUAGAGAAAGCGGAAGAGAAGGCCCCGAAACGAUGCAGAUCAAUUCUGGCUCAGAUGAGUCUGAACACCAUGAAGGGUGUUACCGCCUGCAUUGGACGGCCUGUCCUCAUCACCAGCCCUACAGGACGCCAGGAGGUGUGUGUAGCAUGGCCUGCAGCCCAGUUUCCUGGGAGAAAAGUAGGUCUGAUGCCUGACAUGCAGUGCAUUCUGGGAGUGAAGACCGGAGAUGCAGUCACAGUGGAGCCCAUCACUGGAGCUGUUCUUCAUGCAGAACAGCUUCAGCUUAGCCUGAGGAAGGAGGACGAGUCUCUGGACACAGAAGAUUUUUGCAGCUUCCUCCUGCAGUCAUUAGACAGCAGGAUUCUGCUUCCAGGCAGUUCUUUCUUCGUGUCCUAUUUCGGCCGUAAGUGUGAGAUCAAUGUGACGUCUCUGAAGGGUGUAGAUGGAGUCACCCUCUCUCCUCUUUCUCCCCCUUUUCCUGCUCCAUCAUGCCCUGAUGCCGAGUCAGAUGCUGCACCUCUGGAUCUCUCUCUGCAGCUGGCUCAGCUGAACCUCACCCCAUCCUGCAGCACACCAAACCGAUCUUCACCCUCCACUCCUCACCCUCCUGUCACUCCACAUACACCGAACGCCACGCCCUCCACCCCGAGCACCCACUUCCUGUCCGACAGCGCUCUGGAAACACCCGAUCAGUCCACACACGAGUCACAUAGAGACAGUAAAUCCCAGACGCCAUCUGCUGGUCGGAACGGGAACAACACCUUCUACUCAGUCUGCAGCUCCACGCAAAUCAGCUUCACGCACACUCAGCACAGUAAGAGUGAGGGUCAGGAGAGGUCAAAGGUCACAUACAGUAUGAUCGGAGGGUUAAGCGCUCAGUUGCAGGUGAUCAGGGAGAUGAUCGAGUUGCCGCUGAAACACCCUGAGAUCUUCAAGAAUUACGGAAUUCAGCCCCCUAGAGGCGUGCUGCUGUAUGGCCCGCCCGGCACAGGGAAGACCAUGAUUGGACGAGCGAUAGCCAAUGAGGUUGGAGCACACAUGACGGUCAUCAACGGCCCUGAAAUAAUGAGCAAGUUUUAUGGAGAAACUGAGGCAAAACUGCGUAAAAUAUUUGCUGAAGCUGCACAAAGGCAGCCCGCGAUCAUCUUUAUCGACGAGCUGGAUGCGCUCUGUCCGAAGAGAGAGGGCGCGCAGAAUGAGGUGGAGAAACGAGUGGUCGCAUCACUGCUCACACUCAUGGAUGGCAUUGGAUCUGAAAGUCACAGUGGCUCUCUGCUGGUCCUGGGAGCCACUAACAGGCCUGAUGCGCUGGACCCGGCUCUGCGUCGCCCGGGACGCUUUGAUCAGGAGCUGGAGGUGGGUGUGCCGUCAGCACAGGGGCGUCUAGAUAUCUUGCACAAGCAGCUGCACUCCGUCCCACACGACAUCACUUCUGAGGAGCUGCAGGAACUAGCUGAUGUGGCGCAUGGAUACGUAGGAGCUGACCUUGCUGCUGUGUGCAAGGAAGCUGGGCUCCAUGCAUUAAGAAGAGUGCUCUCAUCCACCCCGGGCAUCUCCGACAAUGACCUAAUGGACAGAGUGAAGGUCACAACUUCUGACCUCCAACUGGCCAUGACUCAAGUUAAACCCAGCGCCAUGAGGGAGGUGGCCAUCGAUGUGCCGAAGGUGCGCUGGAGUGAUGUAGGAGGGAUGGAGGACGUGAAGCUGAAGCUGAAGCAGGCUGUGGAGUGGCCGUUGAAGCACGCAGAGGCUUUCUCUCGGCUGGCCAUAACGCCCCCGAAAGGCGUGCUGCUGUACGGACCUCCCGGCUGCUCCAAGACCAUGAUCGCUAAAGCACUUGCUAACGAGAGCAAACUCAACUUCAUCGCCAUCAAGGGUCCUGAGUUACUAAGUAAAUAUGUCGGUGAGUCCGAGAGAGCUGUGAGGGAGGUUUUCCGGAAAGCCCGGGCCGUGGCUCCUUCCAUUGUUUUCUUUGACGAGAUUGAUGCUCUGGCUGUAGAAAGGAGCAGCUCAUCUCGCUCGACCGGAGUGGCCGAUCGGGUGUUGGCACAGUUGCUGACCGAGAUGGACGGCAUCGAGCAACUGAAAGACGUUACGGUUCUCGCCGCCACCAACAGACCGGACAUGAUCGAUAAGGCUCUCACGCGUCCCGGGCGUUUAGAUCGGAUCGUGUACGUUCCUCUCCCUGAUGCAGCGACUCGGAGAGAGAUCUUCAGUCUGCAGUUUCGGAAAAUGCCCGUGGAUCCCAGCGUGCACCUGGAGUACCUGGUGACCCGCACGGAACGCUACUCAGGAGCAGAGGUCAGAGGUUACGAAGGCUGUGGGUUACUGCAGUGUGCCGCGAAGCCGCACUUUUUGCCCUGCAGGAGGACAUUAAAGCCGAACACAUCACUGUCAGCCAUUUUGAAUCCGCCCUGGCAGUCAUAAAGCCUCGGGUGCCGGACUCGCUUCUUCAGUUAUACACUGACUACCAGCGGCAGCACGGCUCUGGAUCCUUCUGCUGACAUUGCUUUGUGUGUGUGUGUGUGUGUGCACAAACAGUUUGAGAUCCGAGUCCAAACCAAAUAACUCGAAGCUGGGUGAUGAUACGGUAAUGAUCAGUUUAUACUGUACCGCCUCAUAGUGUGUAUAAAGAAUAAAAUAUUACAACAGAAAAGUGUUCGCAUCCCUUCCCUCCUUCUGAUCUGUUUGUUA